AUGGAUUUCGAUGACAAACACGAUGAGGGUUAUGCGAAGCGCAAGAAAACAAUUAUACUAGGGGCUGCUGCUGCUGCUAUUGGAGCGGAGCACUAUAGUAAAAUGUUUCUCACUAAAGAGCCCUAUCGUCGUGACUCUCUACGUGGAGUGAAACAGACUGAGAGCAUUAUUGGUGUAUCCGACAAGACAUCUCGAAGCCUCAUAAGAAUGAGCAAGAGGGCCUUUUUUAGUUUGUGUAAAUUGGUGCAAGAUAGGGGCCUUCUUCAUGAUACCAGAUCAGUGCAAGUGGAGGAACAGUUAGUCAUGUUUUUACAAACAAUCGGCCACCAUUUGAAGAAACGAAAAAUAUUAUUGAAGCCUCCAAGUACAACAACGCACCAGCGAAUAGCAGGUAACUGUAGAAGUUUCUAUCCUUACUUCAAGGAUUGCAUUGGAGCUAUAGAUGGUUUGCAUAGCCAUGCGUGGGUUCCGGUUAACGAACAUAAGAGAUUUCGCGAUAGGAAGGGAAAUAUAUCGCAAAAUAUCUUAGCUGCAUGCGACUUCGACUACCGGUUUACUUACAUACUUGCUGGUUGGGAAGGAUCGGCAUCUAAUUCACGAAUAUUAGAUGAUGCAAUUCAUAGGGAAGGAGCAGGAAAGAUAGUGGUACCUCCAGGUAAAUACUAUCUUGUUGAUGCUGGGUUUGCCAACCAAAAGGGCUUCUUGAGACCAUAUCGGAAUGUUCGUUAUCAUUUGAAAAAGUGGGAGAACAGCAAUCAAGCACCUGCUGAUAAGAAGGAAUUAUUUAACUUGCGUCAUUCCAAGUUGCGAAAUGAAGAGGAGGAGUUUUUAGACCAAGAGAAUGCAGAAGCUGCUACGCCUGGUCAGCAAAUAGAAAUACAAACAGACGAUGAAGAUGCAGGUGAUGAUUCUGACGAGGAAGGGCAUGAUAUCACUGAAGAUUGGGAACAAUUUCGAGAUGAUAUUUGA